CUAGGGACACUAUGCAAUGAUGCUGGGCACGAUGCAACGCUGAGCUUAGCGACUGUGACACAGUCGAGGGAGUACGGGGGAAAAUAGAGACUGGUAGUGGGGAACUCUUCUGGACUGUUCUGGAAACCCUGAUAACACAAUUUAUUGACCGGCGAGACGCGAGCGUUGUAAUCUCCAUUUCUGAGCGAGUGGCAUUCAUUGGAAUAAAUUGAAAUCAACAGAUUUGUCGUUGCAACGUCGCUCCUUAAAUCUUAAGGUAUUUAUAAUGUAAAAAAACGAACGAAAAAGCAUUCGGUUUUUACCCAGGAGACAUUAACUGCCUCGAGUGCGAGACGGCGCGAUUGCGCGUCCUCUGUUUAGUACUUGGAAAUCCUAACCUAUCGAUACGACAGUGAUUUUACGUGGUAAUGGCUGUCAAAGGAUUAAUUGCAGCAAUUAUUCAGUUUUUAACUCAGCAGUUAGAGGAUGAAACUAUUACUGAAGACUCACGGGAGAGUCUUGAAGUAGCAAUACAAUGUUUGGAAAGUGCUUAUAGCGUGCAAGCAUCCGAUACUCAGUCAAAUGUGAAUUUAUUGGAAGUAUAUAAAUCUGCAGUUGAAACUGCAAAACCCGAGCUACCCCCAGAAGCUACACCUGAAGCGAAAGCUGAAGCAGAAAAAUUAAAAAAUGAAGGAAACAAUUUCAUGAAAGCUCAGAAAUUCCAAGAAGCUCUUGCUAAUUACACAAAGGCAAUUCAAUUGAAUGGUCGCAAUGCAGUAUAUUAUUGUAACCGUGCAGCAGCAUAUAGUAAAUUGGGAAGUCAUCAAAAGGCAAUCAAUGAUUGCCAUACUGCAUUAUCCAUUGAUCCUUCUUAUAGUAAGGCUUAUGGGCGAUUGGGAUUAGCAUACUCUAGCAUGGAAAAAGACAAAGAAGCUAAAGCAAGUUAUGAAAAAGCUUUAGAGAUGGAACCUGAUAAUGAAAGUUAUAAGAACAAUUUACAAGUGGCUGUAGAGAAAUUAGCACAGCAAAGAAUGAAUAAUAUGGGAUUAGAUGGAGAUUCGUUUAAUAUUAAUCAUUUAACUUCCAUUAUGACUAACCCUACUCUUCUUCGUAGAAUUCAAACAUCAUUAUCCAAUCCAGAGAUGAUAAAUGUAAUGAGAAAUUUUUUAUCCGGUAAUACAGAACAAAGAACAGGAUCAGAAAUGGGAUCACUUGCUGAUAUCUAUCGAGGAAUAAUGCAAAUAAUGCAAAAUUCCAACCCUGAGUUGGUUGAAACCAUGAUACAACAGUUAGAAAGAAAUCUAAAUGAUCCUCAACCACCACAGCAGAAUUAAAAUAACUGUGAUUAUAUAAAGAUAUUAUGUUAUAAAAAUUUUAUAAUUUAUAAUUAUAUACAAUUAUAUUAUUAUUCUAUAAUUAUGUUCUAUAAUUCUAUGUCUGUCAUUUUUUCAUAUGCCGUAAAGCAGCAACAGGUUAUAACUGAAAUCUCAUUGCUAUGGUUUUAAAUUGAUAUUCAUACGUACAUGUACCAUACAAAUUUUCCUAUAACUUAUUUAUUAUGUAAAACUGACCACUCCAUUUUUUAAAUAUGUAACAGCCACGUUUGGAUAUACAGGACAUCAGGUAAUAAAAAUUAGAAGGCUGCAAA